UCCGGUGAUGACAAGUCACGUGCCAUUGUUUGGAGCAGGAAACUGGUGCUUCCUUGAUGGCUUCGGCAGCAGUUUACCGACUCCCGUCCCUAUUUAUUUAUGCCUUAUUUCCGUCCAGCCUGACUAUGGGGAGGAAUGCGUGUCCAGUGGUGGGGAAGAUGAAUCGACAAUGUGCGUACAAGUGGGGCAAACACAUCCGACGCGGAUCCAGCUGCUGCUAGCUUCCUAGGUAGCUUGUAGCAGUAGCUUACCAGCCGGAGUGAGCUAACAGUAGCUAGCCAUUCGCCGUCCGGCUGACAGUUGUCACGGUUGUUCCUCUAGUUAGUGGCUUAUUUUGCCUACGGUCAAGGAUACAAUGGAGCUGUUCCAAGCCAAAGACGAUUAUAUUCUUCAGAACGGGGACUCUGCUCUUUGGUGUAGCCGAAAAGACGGCACCAUGAAGAUGAGACCUGCAACAGACCUGCUUCUGGCUUGGAACCCAGUAUGUUUGGGUCUGGUGGAAGGUAUCAUAGGAAAGAUCCAGCUUCAUGCAGAUCUUCCGCUUGGCCUUGUAUUAAUCAGACAGAAAGCACUUGUUGGCUCUUUGCCAGGCAACCACAAAGUCUACAAAAUCAUCAAGAUAGCUGUCAUUCCGCUGUCUGAUGAGGAGCCGCAGGAGCUGGAGCUGGAGUUUUGCAAAAAGCAUCACUUUGGAAUUGACAAAAGCGAGAAACUGGUUCCAUCUCCGGAUGAGUCAAAGUUGAUGAAAACCUUAAGCCAGAUCAAAUCUAAUGUGGCUGUCCCCAUCAAGAAAAAGUAUUCCCCUGCCUUCCAGGUUAAAGAAAACAAAGAGAAAGAACGUCUUGAGAGGCGGCUGCUGGACGAGCUGUACAAAAUAUUUGUGGACUCUGACUCCUUCUACUAUAGCCCUACCUAUGACCUGACAAACAGUGUGCAGCGCCAAGGAGACUCACAUGGGGCAAAUUUGCCACUCUGGAAACAGGUGGAUGAUCGUUUCUUCUGGAACAAACACAUGAUUCAAGAUCUCAUAGACCUACAGAUCCCAGAAGUAGACUUUUGGGUGAUACCAAUCAUCCAGGGCUUUGUCCAAGUGGAGGAACUUGUAGUGAAUUACGACACCUCUGAUGAUGAGCGGAGCAGCCCCGAAACCCCACCACAGGAGGUAACCUGUGUUGAUGACAUCCAUCCCCGCUUCACUGUUGCGCUCAUCUCCAGGCGUAGCCGCCAUCGUGCAGGGAUGCGGUACAAACGCAGAGGAGUGGAUACAGAUGGCCAUGUGGCUAACUAUGUGGAGACAGAGCAGUUGAUCCACGUGCACAGCCACACUCUGUCCUUUGUGCAGACUCGUGGCUCUGUGCCUGUCUUCUGGAGCCAGGCAGGAUACCGCUACAAUCCCCGGCCACGCUUGGAGAAAGAAGAAAAGGAGACCAUGGUGUACUUUGCCUCUCACUUCGAAGAGCAGCUUAAACUCUACAAGAAACAGGUCAUCAUCAACUUAGUUGAUCAAAGUGGACGAGAGAAGCUGAUUGGGGAUGCGUAUCUUAAGCAAGUCCUUCUGUACAACAACCCAAACCUCACCUAUGUUUCAUUUGACUUCCACGAGCACUGUCGCGGAAUGAAAUUUGAAAAUGUACAAAUACUGACAGAUGCCAUCUCUGAUAUCAUCAGUGACAUGAAGUGGGCCUGGGUGGACCAAGCUGGAGUCAUCUGUAAGCAGGAGGGAAUCUUUCGAGUCAAUUGCAUGGAUUGUCUAGACAGGACCAACGUUGUCCAGGCUGCUAUUGCUCGGGUGGUGAUGGAGCAACAGCUCAAGAAGUUGGGUGUGAUGCCUCCAGAGCAGCCCCUGCCUCUCAAAUGUUACAGGAUCUAUCAGAUAAUGUGGGCCAACAAUGGUGACACCAUUAGCAGACAGUAUGCUGGAACAGCAGCACUUAAGGGAGAUUUUACCAGAACAGGUGAGAGGAAACUGGCUGGCGUGAUGAAAGACGGUGUGAACUCAGCCAACCGCUACUAUCUCAACCGCUUCAGGGAUGCUUACAGACAAGCAGUCAUCGACCUCAUGAUGGGUCUGCCUGUGACAGAGGACCUCUACUCCAUUUUCAGUAAGGAGAAGGAACAUGAGGAGAAAGAAAAGGAAAGCCAAAGAGGUGCUCAGGAACAAGUCAGCCUGCUGUUGCAGACAUACAUGCAGCUUCUCCUGCCAGACGAUGAGAAGUUUCACGGCGGUUGGGCUCUCAUCAACUGUGACAUGAGCCUGAUCGAUGCCUCUAACAAAGAUGUGGAUGUGCUGCUGCUUCUGUCCGACAAAGCCUAUUACAUCGCUUUCUAUGAUGAAGAAAUGGAUAAAGUCAACCAAUACCAGCGCCUCAAUUUAGACGGCUUGGAAAAGAUUGAAAUUGGUCCGGAGCCGACGUUGUUCGGCAAGCCAAAGUUCUGCUGUAUGCGUCUGCAUUACAGGAGUGAAGAGACAAGUGGAUACUUUCACACGCUUCGAGCGGCCACACGAAAUCCUGAGGAUGACGGAAAAGAUACACUACAAUGCAUUGCUGAGAUGCUUCGCAUUACAAAGCAGGCCGGGGGGCUGGACCUACUAGUGGUUGAAAAGAAGCUGGAGAGGCGUCAGACCAGACCUCAUGAAGACAUAAUGGGAAUUCAGAACAAAACUUGUGACCAAGUGCAGGGCAGCUCUGGUCUGGCUCAAGGUAAAAGUUUCCUCCUCAACAAAUUCUCAUCUCUGAACCAGAAAGUAAAACAGACCAAGACCAGCGUAAACAUUGGCCCCUUCAGGCCCCUCGGGAAGCUAGGAAACUUCUCUAGGCCUGAUGUUAAGGUAAAUUUCCUGAAGCCAACCAUGCAUGUCAACUUGUGGAAGUCGGACAGCAGCUUGGAGACAUCAGAUGGCAAUCCCGGCACCGGGACCUUUAAAGAUAUCGGUAAUAUGAACUUUGAUCUCUCUGAUGACUCUGACUCCUAUAAUUCUGACCCAGAGCACUCAUGCGCCGGCUCCUUUGAAAACGUGGACUAUGUGCUGCCCAGCUGUGGCAUCGUAGCAUCAAACACACGACUGGGCAGUCGCUCCCAGUCCAUUGGUAGCGUGGAGCUCAAUAUCCCUUCUGUUAUUCAGGUCAGUGACUGUGAAGGACAUGAGGUCAGUGAAGACAAGUCCCCAGGGGCUGCCUCAAUGGCUGAAGAAGCCAUUCUAAUUGACUUUGGUACUCCCAUCGAUGCCUACUGCCACCAAUUUGUCCAGGAUGCACAGACCAAACCCGUUGAGGUGUUUGGAGAGCGACCGUCUGCCUCUGCCCACCCAGUUAAGCCCAUAGUGCCUGUGCAGAAUACAAGCCCAGCGGACCCCAAGCAGCCAAGCACAAAGCAGGAGGAGCCGCAUCUCCCCAGGCCGUCCCAGCUUGACGUCCAGUCCACUACCUCCGCGUCCAGUCUCCUCACCGUCCAGAGACCGACUUCUGCCGUCUCAGGAGGCUCUCAGAAGAGUCUGGGAUCGCAGCAGGAGGGCAGCCUCGGCCCUUCACCUGCUGACAGCAAUGGCAGCCGGGUCGUGUCCCCUUUUGCCAAGAUCAAGAGCUCCAUGGUCCAGGUGGCCAGCCUCACCCAGGCGGGGCUCACUCAGGGCAUCAACUUUGCCGUGGCAAAGGUUCAAAAGAGCCCAGAGCCAGACACAGUCAGUGAGGUCCAGGAGAGCGAGUUGAAGGCAAUGUUUACACAGUGCCAGACGAGGAUCAUUCAGAUCUAGUGCUUUGCUGGUAGCAGCAGGCUUGGACUUAGCCUCACUCCUCGGCCAACACAUGUGCCCUCAGUUUUACCCUUUAGUCAAAGUACCCAGUGUUGGUGUUGACAGUCCUCACAUGACAGUGAAUGUUUACAUGCACAACAAUUGGAGUUUGCCUGUUUUUGUUGUUUUUUGUUUUUUUUUUUAAGCAAGAGAGUUUGCACAUUCUAAUGACAGACUACAAAUCAGGCAUUGGCAAUUUGAUGGCUUAGCAGCUUGUCGUUAGUAUAUUUUCUAGAGAAGCCAGUCCUGACAGAAGUCUUAAUAAGCUAAUUAUGUUGAAAUAGUUGUCUCAAGAAAUCCAUGUACUGUACGCACGCACGAGCACGUCAGAGACACGUUUCAGUGAAGGAAGCAUCACAAAUCUAAAAAUCCUCUAUUUGAGCUCACAGAGCAGCUCAUUUGAUCAAGUCUAGUUUUUGUAUAAUAAGGCACAGUGUGAUUCAACUUAAAUCACACUUAGGUGGUUAUUUCAAUAGAAUAAUAAUAAUUACAAGAAUUCAUUCGAGCUGCAUCUAACGGUUAUUUUCUUUCUCCAUUAUUCUGAAGCUUGUUUUGAUUCAUUGAGUCGUGGGUUGUUAGUGGUUUGUUCCGCAACACAUCAAAAAAGAGGCAAAAAUGUUGAUAACUUUUCCAAAGUCAAAGCUGAUAUGUGUGAAUAUCUUGUUUUGCCUAAACCACAAAGAUAAUAGGUCUGCUUUCAUGGAUGACUAAGGGAAAUAAAAAAAAAAAAUCACAUUUGAGAGGCUGAAAUCAGAGGGUAUUUACAUUUUAAAAUAAAAAAACAUUAAUCAAAUACCAAAAUAGCGGUCGAUGACAUUUAAAAUCCAUGGAUUAAUUGUUGCAGCUCUAGAAUUAAUAACGACAUAGGUUGGUUAUUGAGGUGUGAAUGAUGUGCAUGUAAACAUGACACUGUCCUUUGUUGUCCAUGAUGCUCGCAUGAAAGGUUGGUGCUAAAAUGACCGACUUUGACGAGACAUUAUUUAGCUGCAGCUCUAGAUUACUAAUAAUGUACGACAUGUCACCCGGUAUGUGCAGGACACCUAUUGAUAUUUGUUAUACAGACAUCGUAAUAGCCUCCGUAACAACUGUUGUAGAAUCUUUACCAAGUAACAAGGAUGUUUAGAUCUUAACUUUUAGCCUUUUUAUAGCGAGACAACAAACCAUACGUAGUAAUCCUAUGUAAUAUCAAUGUUGUCAAGUGAUACUGUAAUGUAACUUCACAAGACCUUUGUAAGAAUAACCAGUGUGUCCAGAGUAUUGGUUCUGUUCCUUGUGUAGAACCUCCCUUUGUAUGGAUGGUAGGGUGGCAGCUGAAUACGUUCAAAGAGGUAAAAGCAUAAUAUAUAUAUUUUGAAAAGAUAUAUCAUGAAUAAGAAAGAAACUACUGGCAAGGUUUGUUUUUAUAAAUGUCUUUAAAUAAGUACUAACUGUACUGAACUAUUUGAACUAGCGCUGUAGAUUGUUGUAUAGUUGACCAAUACAGCCGAGUAGCACAUACAGUAUAGGUGUUGCACCCACCCAGUUAUUAGAAAGUACUCCCAAAAUGGAAAGCAUAUUUGCCUUAACAGGGAAUUGAAGUGGGACUAUAUAUAGUAUGUAUAAAUAUAUCAGGUCGGGUAUAUUCAUGAUCAGAUCUCCAUUUUUACAUGUUACAUUUGGUGUACUGUAUAAAAGAAAACGUUCAGGGUAACAAACUACGUUUUAUCUUGGGAUAUUUCAGCAACUGCCGCACUUCGGAAAUUUGUAUGUACAAAACUCUCAUCAUCGCACUUGAUAAUACAGAAAUAGUCAAAUUAGUUUCGGCUUAACCUCGCAACCUCAUUGCCUCAUUGCGAUCUGGAAAAUUAAAAUUUGAGUCUGCCACAUGUGCGACUUGAUCUACAGUAGCUCAGAGGGGUUCAAGGUGUAUUUAUUGGCCCGUGGCACAUUCUAAAAAUAUAAUUUAACUAGAAAACUAAAAAAAAAAAAAAGCCAAAAUGGGGAAAAAAAGCAGUAAUUUUACAAGAAUAAAGCGAAAUAUUAAAAAUAUAAAGCGAAAAUAUAAAAAUAUUGAUAAAAUCUCAAAUUUUAUUAAAAUAUAAUUGUGCGAGAAUAACAUAAUAUUAUGAGGAAAAAUUUCAGUGGCAUAAAUUAAAAAAAUAAAAAAAGGACGUGCGGUUGAAAUAUUUUGAAAAUUAAAAAAAACAAAAAACAGCAGCACAAAUGGAAAAAACAGUUGUAAUUCUAUAAGUCAAAAAAUUAUGAGAAACCAACAUAACAAAAUUAAGCUGUAAUUUUUGGAAAAUUAAGUUGGGCAAAAAAAGUUAGAAUAAUAUUGGAAUAAAGUCAUAAUAGUCAUAGUAUUACAAAAAGAACAUUUCAGAACAUUUACCAAGAAAGUUGAAAUACUUGGAAAAACACCCAUCAAAAAUGGAGGGGAGAGGGGGAUGAGUGAAGACCAUUCAUACCAGUAAUAUGCUUUGUCACUUAAAUCACGAUGCUGAGAUGCAGUUUUUUUUUCUCGAAAUAUGUAUGUAUAACUUCUUAGCACAUCUACGUGUUGCUUUACAAAAUAUCAAAGUGGCCCUUACGUCCUGUCGUUUUUCAGUGGCCCAUGGUGGAAAAACUUUGGACACCCCUGAUUUACUUAGACAGAAUGAUGAUGAAGGGCUUGCGUCACUGUAUCAUGUUGUCUGUUGUAGUGAAAUAACAGUGAGGCUUUGAGAUGGAAUAUCCCAAGAUAAUGGCUCAUAUGGUUCAUAUUUACUGUUAUGUUGGCCUGUUUUCAAGGCUUGGUAGUUUGCUUUGUAGUCGCUACAUGCGUUAGUUAUUAUUUAGUAGAGUGGAGCUGCCAAAAGCUUUAAAAUAUGGCUGGAAUGCAACAUUUUAAGCAGAAGUGGUAUUUUAAAAGUGCAUCAGGAAUGCAACACUUGAGCGUAAAAGUGUAAAUAAGAUUUAAAAAAGGAAUCCUCAACAUUCCUAAUACAGACCACAAUGCUAGAAUAUUGGGAUCUGUUUUAUAUGCAAGAGUUCGUAGUUCAUGUCAUGUAAUCCUAUUAUGCUGGGUGAUAGUUUUCUCCUUUUGUUUUGACACAAGUGCUUUAGCGAGCAUCAUUCAUUUUCUGUGUGUUGUGCCUGUCCUCCACUCCCGUGAGGACCUCACAAGAUGACAUCAUCCGACCAGAGGUCACAGCAUUUGUUUUGCACCGUUUCACCAUGUCAUCUGCUUGUGGUCACAUUGUCUCCUCUUCAGCAGCGCUCAUCUGCAGUGUUGAUGUUGGAUUAGAAUAUUAAAGUCUCAUAUUUAUUCUCAUCCUCUUUGGGUGUUACUUGAUGGUAAAGUGCACUGUACACCUUUGUCCAAUAUUCCACUGGAAUAAAAAGUAUGAGUGAA